GCAGGUGGAGCGCAGCUUUGAGUUUCCCAGCAGCUCACAACAAUACUCGGAGAGGCCUCUGGGAAUAACGCACUCCAACUACCAUGACACACAACAAGGUCAGCUUUGGAAUACACCUGCUUUAAUAACCGAAUGCUUGCUUGAGCUUUUGUAAAACUUUGAAGAUUACUUGGACAGACGUCAGUCGUGGAAAUGAUCAGUUCAGAGGUUUUGCGUCCGACGCCGAACCCUGCGCGUAAAGCGCUCGGAAAGCUCGCCAACAGGCUGGAGGAGGUGAAGAACCCCUGGAGACAAGGAUCAACGCUCGAGCUCAGCCACAAUGAAACCGCUCGGCUCGCCACCGACGCGCUCCUGGAGCACGGAGAGAAUGAGUAUAAAAAGGUCUUGCAUGACGAAAGAGAAGUGAACUUUCUUUCCUCGCUGGAAAUACGCUAUAUCACCGAGAAUGUGGCCAAAAGUGGCGUUGAGGAUAGCAGUACUAAUGGAGUGGACGUAGAGGAAGGGGACACGGUGUCCGAGCUCACUUCAGGGACUUAUUUCCCCAUGAUGUCCGACGAGGAGCCGCCACUGUUGGAGCUGGGCUGGCCAGAGGCUUCCAACCGAUUUGGACCCACAGAAGCGCAGAUACACUUCCAGAGAGACAAGUCGAAAAAUGUCAAAGAUCUCAUUCGAUCUCUUAUUAGUAAAGCCAAGAAGGUUAUCGCUAUAGUCAUGGAUAUUUUUACAGACGUCGACUUGUUCUGUGAUCUAAUGGAGGCAUCCAACAAGCGCCGGGUUCCAGUGUAUGUUCUACUGGACGAGAAGAAUCUGAGCUAUUUUUUGAACAUGUGCUCAGAACUGGACGUCCAGAAUUCACACUUGAGUAAUAUGCGGAUAAGAAGUGUGUGUGGAGACACAUAUUGCACCAAAAGUGGGAAAAAAUUCACAGGUCAGGUUCAAGAAAAAUUCAUGAUCAUUGACUGUGAGGAAGUCAUAGCUGGAUCAUAUAGUUUUACAUGGCUUUCAGGCAUGGUUCACAGCAACAUGCUAAUGCACUUCUCCGGCCACGUUACAGACUGCUUUGAUCGCGAGUUCCGCUGCAUGUAUGCAGAUUCCCAAAUAAUAGACCGUUUCUACAAUCCAGAUGAAGAAGGGCUGCCCAGUUACUCUUACCACAUGCCGGUACCAAACUUGGGCUUGGACUUUCUUGCAGACUACGGCAGCAGGGAGCGAGUGUAUUCGGAGCACUCCAGUAGCCAAUCCAGUGGCAGCGUUUCCAGCAUCAAAGCAGCUCCUCCAGGCAUGAGACCUAUUAAAGUCACGGCAGACAAGAAGAACCCCGAAAACUCUCAAAAGCCUCCUGACAGGAAGGGCGUCACGAGUCCAGUGCUUCAGAAACCCUCAGGAUCUCACAUCAGAAGAGGUUCUCCGAAUGGGAGUCAGGCGGUCGAGCGAACUUCCUUAGGUCAAUCCGCUGGUGUGGAAUGGUCCAAAAUAGGAGCGACGGAUUACCUACGCUCAAACAUUCCCGGACAGACAUCCAAAAUCCAGACUUUAGGUCUCUACAGUUCUCCAAAACCUCCAUCACCAACUCAACAGUCUCCAUCCGACAACAAGGUCACCUCCAAAUAUCGACUUCCCACCCCGUUCAUUAGUAAGUUCACUGAUCUGUUCAGCUCAAAAGAAAAGGACUCCCACUUGUUCCAGAAGAUUCCUACUCAUUCCUCUCUGUUUGGCGGGCCAGAUCUUUCUCAGAACGAACCGGAGAGUAAGCAAGGUCCUCCUCCACCAGGACCCAUGCUGUCGGACAGGAUGGGCCCGGAGAAAGGGAUACAUCGGCGGGACGAGAAACGCAUGACGUUGGGUCACAGCAAGUUGGACCUUGUCAACCAGUACAACAAGUUAAACAAAUCCAAACAGGUAUACAGUCGCUUUGAGCUAAAGAACAACAUACCUCAGUAAUGCUGGGCCGGACUGAGCAUUCUUUCUGGUCGACUCUUGUACAUAGCUGUUAUUGUGACUGUGCAAAGGGAUGACGGUUUUCGUGGAGUGCGAUUAUUGCUCUUUUUUUUUUCUACACGAGACAAAAAAUCAACCAAGGUUGAGAGGCGAGGAGUGUUUUUUGUGCAUUUGUCUUCGUAAUAAAAAUGAAAUGCUAAGUACUAAUUCUGCCUGCAAGUUCUUUAGGAAAUCAUAUUUAUGACAUGAUGUGUUCAAGUGAUUUUGUUUGAGAUGCGUUUUUUAAAAACGAGAAGCAAUGUGCUAGUGCAACAGCAUAAAGAGUAAAUUAUUUACUUAUUUACAUUUAAAACAUGUAUUAAUUAUACAUUUAUGUUAUUCAUAAUAUA